UAGCUUGAAGAACAUGCGCGACACCCCUAUUAGGUUCCGCGCCCGUUUGGUGCUUAUAAAACGUCUCAUCCACUCAUUUUGUUUUACUUUUACACUAAACUCGACCGCCGACUAUCCAUAAAAGGAAUAUUUAAAAUGGCCACACAGAUGGGAUUCCUAUCUUAUGGAAUAAUUUUGACACUUACGGUCUUAACUGUGUUAUUGCCACUACUAACGACAGGAAACGUCAUAGACCAGAGAGUACUGCAAAGAGAACUUGGAGAAAACUCUCCUGAAAUAAUGUCAAUGAGCGACAAGGAUGUUUUCCGCGACAUUGAAGAACCAGCUAUCGAUGAUUUUACCAUAAAAACUAAGAGCGAAGACCAAAACCUCGAGAUCGCGCUGAUCGACUACCUGUUUGCCAAACAAAUGAUGAACAGAAUCCGCGCCCGGACGGAUUCGUUUCGCGCGCAGAAGAAGAGAAGUUAUUGGAAGCAAUGCGCUUUCAACGCGGUGUCGUGCUUCGGUUAAUUAUUGCGUGUGAGCGCAUUGGCCACAUAUAUAAGAUCACGUCAUUAUAUAUCAUUUACGGCACCGUAUUAGCCCUUAAUUAAUUAAUAAUAAUAAACAAUGCUUUUUAAUAUUCAACUAUUUAUUUCGAUUCUAAUAUAUAAACUGUAGUUAUUUAUUGCCCAUAUACCUGUAGUGUUUAUUAAUAAAACCUAUAAUUAAAUUA